UAAGUGGCAAAUUUGAUAACUGUAAUGAAUUGAGCUAUGGUGGUUUGUUUGCUGCUGUUAACCUACGAUGCUAAGUUUCAAAAACAGCAAUUUGCAACAUGUAGCAAGAGCAAAACCUCGGGUGGCGCGCAUACGCAAGCUGCGCGUAGUGUUCUAGUUUUGUGUACCAAGGUUGCCCACAAGGGCGGGAACCUUUUCAGCCAACUCGCGAGUACGGAAGUCACUGCCACCAGUCGCCAUUAUGUGGACCGAUUGUUUGACCCGGACCCACAGAAAGUUGUACAAGGAGUCAUUGACAUGAAGAAUGCUGUCAUUGGAAACAACAAGCAGAAGGCCAAUCUUAUCGUUCUUGGAGCUGUGCCAAGAUUACUGUACCUGCUCCAACAGCGCACCUCCAGUCUUGAGCUGAGGACGGAGUGUGCAGUGGUGCUGGGAAGUCUCGCCAUGGGCACCGAGAACAAUAUCAAGUCCCUUGUGGACUGUCACAUCAUCCCCGCUCUUCUUCAAGGACUUUUGUGUCCAGACCUAGUCUUUAUUGAAGCCUGUCUACGAUGCCUGAGGACAGUUUUCAUUAGUCCAGUAACUCCUGUGCAGCUGCUCUACACUGACCCCACUGUGAUUCCUCAUCUAAUGUCCCUACUGAGCCACUCACAGAGGACCCAGGAGUACAUCACACAGAUCUUCUCUCACUGUUGUAAGACGCCCGAGCACCAGACGGUCCUGUUCAACCACGGUGCCGUGCAGAACAUUGCCCCUCUGCUGAUAUCUCCCUUUUAUAAGGUCCGGAUGCAGGCGCUAAAGUGUUUCUCAGUCUUGGCCUAUGAGAACACCCAAGUCUCAAUGACACUGAUGAAUGUCGUUUCUGUUUUGUCAGUGCUGGUGGACGGAGAACGCCUCGCUCAGGUAUUUGUUAAAAUGAUGCAAAGGGAUCAACCCAUAGAAAUGCAGCUAACAGCAGCCAAAUGUUUAACGUACAUGUGUCGAGCAGGUGCCAUCGGAACGGACGACAACUGCAUCGUCUUAAAGACUUUGCCGUGUCUGGUGCGGAUGUGCAGUAAAGAGCACCUGUUGGAGGAGCGAGUGGAAGGAGCAGAAACGUUAGCUUACCUGAUGGAGCCUGACGUGGAGCUGCAGAGAAUCGCCAGCACCACCGAUCACCUCGUGGCCACGUUGGCCGACUACUUCAAAUACCCCAGCUCUGUGUCUGCCAUCACUGACAUCAAGAGGCUGGAUCAUGACCUGAAACACGCGCACGAGUUGAGACAAGCUGCGUUCAAACUUUACGCGUCUUUAGGCUCGAAUGACGAGGACAUUAGAAAAAAGAUUACGGAGACAGAAAACAUGAUGGACAGGAUAGUCAGCGGUCUUUCAGAAUCGAGCAUUAAAGUCCGAUUAGCAGCCGUCAGAUGUCUUCACAGUCUGUCACGGUCUGUCCAGCAGCUACGGACCAGCUUUCACGACCAUGCAGUGUGGAAGCCCUUGAUGAAGCUUUUACAGAAUGCUCCAGAUGAAGUCCUGAUCAUGGCUUCUUCUACAAUAUGCAAUCUACUGCUGGAGUUUUCACCCAGCAAAGAGCCCAUCCUUGAGUCAGGGGUGAUUGAGUUACUCUGCAGUUUAACCAAGAGUGACAGUCCAGCACUGAGAGUCAAUGGGAUCUGGGCUCUGAUGAACAUGGCGUUUCAGGCGGAUCAGAAGAUAAAGAUGGAGAUUGUACGUUGUCUUGGUACAGAACAGUUGUUCCGUCUGCUCUCGGACCCUGACAACAAUGUCCUAAUGAAGACCUUGGGAUUACUGCGUAAUCUGCUUUCUACACGACCGCACAUCGACCAGAUCAUGAGUUCUCACGGGAAGCAGAUCAUGCAGGCGGUCACGCUCAUCCUGGAAUCAGAGCAUAGUAUAGAGGUGAAGGAACAGACACUUUGUAUUCUUGCCAACAUCGCUGAUGGAAACACGGCUAAAGAACUCCUCAUGACCAAUGACGACAUGCUGCAGAAAGUCAAGUAUUACCUGGGUCACUCAAAUGUGAAGCUGCAGCUCGCCGCCACUUACUGCAUCUCCAACCUGAUCUGGAAUGAAGAAGACGGUUCUCAGGAGCGUCAGGACAAGCUGAGGGAGAUGGGCUUCGUGGACAUCCUGCACAAACUAACACAGUCCUCUGACCCCAGCCUCUGUGACCGGGCGAAGACGGCGAUGCAGCAGUACCUAGCGUGACUAGAAGGGCAGACGUUUUGUUCACUGCCAGCCUACUGUACCUGAAAACGCCAGAAGGGGAUGCUGUUGGUUAGAUUUUUGGAUGCACAAACACUUUUUUUUUUUUUUUGGUUGGAAUUUUUUUUUUUUUUUUUUGUUGGACCUGCGUCGACCUCUGUUCUCCCCAAACCCGGAACCUCAAUGCUUGGCUUGCUGAAAAAUACAGCAGGACCUGCGGCUGCUGGGAGGUUUUUCACUUGGUUAUUUCCCUCACAUCCUUCAGAGACGGAAAAAAAAGGGAUUUCUUUUUGUUUGGGUUCUUUUCUUGUGCAGAAAGCAGACUGCAGUGCUGGCGACUACGCCUCCCUGGACCCCUAAUCGCUGAGAGGGUUUUCACUUUUGACACAAAGAUAAUGGAUUGUUGGACAACAAAGCUUCCAAUGGAUUACGCUUUGUAUUUUGAACAGAUGACGAAAAUUAAUAACAUUUCUUUUAGGCAUUGGUAAGGUAGAGUAAGGACACAUUUGAAGAGGGAGGGGGAAAAAAAAAGACUGACUAUUUUGAAACUUUAAGUUGUUUUUGUGGACACAUACCUCAAAAAUAUAUACAUAUAAAUAUAUAAAUAUAAACAAAAAUCUAUCUAUUUUUGGAGGUUUAUUUUCCUCCUCCCCAUGCUGUUUGUUUUCAGUUUUCCUCUCUGAUACUCAACUAUGAGCACAGAUUUGUGUUUGUAUCUGACUGAACUUGAUUGGUAAAUUAUAGAAAGAAAAUGUAAUGCCCUCUUCACUUCCGUAGGCGUUUUAUUUCUCCCUACUUUUGUUUGUCUUUGUGCAUCACUUGGUUGUUCCAUCCUGAACAUGGAAGAACCGGAGCGACUGGAGUUUGAGGCUGACGUGUAAUCCUCAGCUCAAAAGACUCUUAGGAUGAUUAAUUCAAUUCCUUACAAAACAGGUUCCUUUUCCAAAACAAAAUCAAAUUAAUUUUCUCAUCUGUGGAGGAGAUCAUUUUAUGCAGUCCAGCAUAACGGAAGAAACCACCAUCCGUUUUACAUGCUAAUGCAGAACAUGAGAUCUUCUUGAUGAACUAAUGAGAACUAAUGCAGAAAAGUUUUUUUUUUUUUGUAGGCGCAGAUAAAAUAGGAUUUUUUUUUUUGUUAUCCACUGUGUUUCUCAAAGGUAAGUAUUCUGAGAUCCUCGGUUAAAGUCCGCUGUUCAGUGUAAAGACCAUUCCACUGUUCUUCACCGCCUCACCACCAGUAACCUAACGGUGUAACACAGUGAUGAAAAUCAUUUGCACAUAAAAGUUCAAAGUGCACUGUUGUCAAAAAUGCAAGGAUAAUCAUUUACAACAUUUUUUUUUUUUAAACAACGAUGAAGUACCCGGACUUGAAACCGCCAACUAUGUCAUGACAUUAUUAUGAUUUAAAUCCCAUCCAGAAAUACAGAUCCCAAUAGGUGAGGCUCACUGACUUGUCACUACACAAAACAUAGAUGUGAGGAUUAUUCAUGUCUAUUUUUAAUCGGAAUAAAUGUAUUUUCUUAAACAUUUGGCCUUGUUGUUUUUAAAAAGUGGGGGGAAAACUGACACCUGGCGGGUAAAACCAUAAAGUGCAUCAAUACAGUGGUGACGAAAACGGUUCCCUGAACGCCUCACGUUAACUCCAAGCUAUUUCAAAACCACAAUGAAGCUCUGAUGAAAUGAAUGUCGCUGUUGAAAAUAUACGCAAACCUGAAGAAGGCUUUUGUCUGUGUCACGUUUUCUUUUUGUAUCUCUUCAUACGCUCUCUCAAUCAUAUACAGUUACGCCUAUACGCUCCGCUUGUCGUAGUUCAUCUUGUUCAAGUUACAAACUGUUGAACUUUUUUGAGAUUUAAAAGAAAAGAAAAAAAAAAUUUAACAACACAAAGGACAAAGUAUUGCGCUAGGUGGCGACACUGUCCACACCGCUAACCUGCUAGUUCCCGUGUGCAUUGUGUUAGCCCCAAUAUGUCGGAAUACAAGAACAAGACUUGAGAGAUGGCAACAUAACCUUGAAACGUCGGUUUCGUAGGUCGAGGACGGAAUAAACGGAGGGUCUCCUGUACUGCAAAAAUGUCCGUAAACCUUUGGGUCCUGUUGCAGAAACAAAAACACCAUCGUAAAACGUUCGUAAUCGUAAAGAUCGGAUUUCAAAAUGGUUUACCUCAUCCCAACAUAGGAGUAUGUACACAUGUUACCGCAAACCUGGCUCACGUUAAUGUCGCUCCAUGAGUCUGAAAUAUUAGAAAAGAACACUUCUUUAUUAUUGUACAGUAGAUCAUUCUGGUAAAUCUUCAGAAUUGUAACAGUAGUCGUUUUAGUAAAAUACAUCUGAACCCCCGCUGCCACAAACAGGAAAGUUUGCCCUCUACAGUUCAAAAGCAGGCACAUUCCUCAUGCAAAAAGAUUCCGUCACAUGCAGUUCACUUAAAUGUUGUUUUUUUUUUCUCUUUUAAUUGGAAGACUAGGCUUUUUUUUUUUUUAGGUGGGCGUAUUUCUUCCAGCUGAAAAGGUAUCGCUACUAAGGAUUUUUGUUGGAGGGCGAGAGUAGACGUUCUGUUUGAAAGAGGAAGUCAGGAAAGGAGGUUGGAAGCAUCAGUGAGCCACCAGAGGGCAGAAGGUCUGGAGCAAAAACAAGCGCUUCUCAACACAUACGCAUAGGGAAAAAAAA